CGCAGAGCUUAGCUUGUUAGGCUUGACGCGUUCUCUGUAGAAAUGGAGAGCGCGGUGGCGAGCUACGCGGAGGGCGUGGGGAAAGCCAUUGUGGGGAAGAUUGGGCAGCUGGUGAGUGACGAGUUCCGGCUACUCAGCGGCGUCCGCGGUGAGAUCGUGUACCUCAGGGACGAUGUGGCCAUCAUGAAUGCCCUCCUCCGCAUGCUCUCCGAGGCGGACGAGGGUACCGUCGUCCACUUCGUCCGGGAGUGGAUGAAGCAGGUGCGCGAGCUCGCCUACGACGCCGAGGACUGCAUCGACCUCUUCUUGCUCCGCAUCAGCUUCGCCCCGCCGCGCGCCGGUGCGCUCGGCCUCGCCUGGCGGCGGCUCGUCACGAUUGGCCCGCGGCAACGCCUCGCCGUCGACAUCCAGAACCUUCACGCCCGUGCCCUCGCCAUCAGCGAGCGGCGCGUGCGUUACGAAGUCGACGGCCAGGCACUGCGCCCCUCCGUGUGGUUCGUCCCUGCCGCCACCGCGGCGACGAUGUCCUCCGCCGCGCACACGCUCCGCCUCCACCCCGCGAACGAAUACCCUAGCAAGUUCUUGGGCAUCGGCGACCAGGUGCAGCGUUUGUCCGAUCUGGUGAAAUCGAAUAGGCUGACGAGUGACAACAAUGAGCCCGACGUUAGUCUCAAGGUGUUCUCCAUCGUGGGGUUCGGUGGUCUCGGGAAGACGACGCUUGCCAUGGAGGUUUGCCGGAACCUGGAGGAGGAGUUCCCAUGCCAGGCAAUGGUGUCGGUGUCUCAGGCGUUCGACUCCAGAAAGGACCUCAGUGGAUUGCUUAAGCGCAUGCUGCAGCAGAUCGUGAGGGUUCGAAGGGACCUGCAACUGCAAGAAGAGAAGCCAUUGGCUAACAUCGACGACGGCGAUGCCGACUGGCUAGCGAUGAAGCUCAGAGAGCAUCUCGCAGACAGGAGGUACCUCAUUGUGAUUGACGAUGUAUGGACCAUAUCAUCUUGGGAGGCAAUACUAACAAGAAUACCAGAUAACAAAUGCAGUAGCAGAAUAAUUGUGACCACUCGGAUAGAGCAUGUUGCGAGGGCAUGCAGCCCAGCUAGCCCUGGGGAAGACUACAUCCAUCGAAUUAAACCCCUUGGAUCCGAAGACGCGAAGGAAUUGUUUGUUAACAGGGUAUUUGGCCCUCAGAAAGAUUGCCCGGAGCAGUUUGAAGAAAUAAUGUACAAGAUACUAACAAAAUGCAGUGGACUACCGUUGGCUAUUGUCUGCAUUGCCAGCCUUCUGGGGAGCUAUACGUCACCGGGAGGAGUAGAGGUGUGGACGAGAGUUUGCAACUCAACUGGCUCUCUCAUGGAGAACAAUCCCACAUUGGACGGAAUGAGACAGAUAUUAACACUUAGCUACAACCACCUGCCUCAUCAUCUCAAGGCUUGCAUAAUGUAUCUCAGCACUUUCCCAGAGGACUAUGCAAUUAGCAGGGAUCGUCUGGUCCAAAAAUGGAUGGCUGAAGGAUUGAUCCCCGAGAUGCGGGGGCUAACUUCCGCUGAGGUAGCAGAAGCCUACUUUGAUGAGCUGCUGAGUAGAAAUAUGACAACAACAGUCUCGUAUUCAAAUGAUGGGAAGCCAAAUAGUUGCAGUGUGCACGACAUGAUGCUUGAGGUUAUUGUGUCCAAGGCUCUGGAGUCCAACUUUGUUAGCUUGGUAGGAGGUCAAUGUGGAAGCAUGCCGUAUAGCAGUGUUCGUCGUCUGUCCAUCCAAAACGACGACAUAGGGUCUGGGAUCGACAAUACAAACUUGAGGCACGUCCGGUCACUGACUGUUUUUCGUCCCGAGGGUCAUCGAAAGUUGCUGGAUAGAUUAGCGGAGUUCUCUCUACUAAGGAUGCUUGAUCUAGAAGGUUGCAAGGACUUGCGGAACAAGCAUAUGAAGCACAUCUGCCGGUUGUUCCUACUCAAAUUCUUGUCCUUGACUGACACAGAUAUCACAAAAUUGCCAAGCCAGAUAAACAAGCUGCAACAUUUGCAGACACUUUGGUUAUUUAACACAUUGCUUGACAAGGUCCCAGAAUCCUUGGUUGAUCUAGAGAAUCUUAAACAAGUGGGUUUCUCAAACCGGCAAGACUGGAGGAAACUCCUGAGGCUACCCCAACACAUUAGUAAAAUGAAGGCCAUAGAAGAGUUAACUAGGUUCGAACUCUUAAGUGAGGAUGCUCAACUCGCCAUGGAGAUUGGCGACCUUGUACAUCUACAAUUUCUCAAUGUCGUCCUCAAUUGCUUUGACUGCUCUGAUGGGCAGCUUCUCACCGAGCUCGCAAAAUCCAUAGGAAGGUGCUCCCUCUAUAGAUUGAAAGUCGAGGACAUGAUGCCUGAUUCAAACAACAUGAACUUUCUCCUCAACCUCCCCUCACCACCAAAGUUACUCCGAUACCUCUGCAUCGGUGGUACCAUCGACAGAAUUCCAGGUUGGGUGCAGUCACUCACUCACCUUGUCCAUGUUGAGUUUUGGUGGAUAUACCUUCCCAGCGACGAAAUAUACGGUGCCCUGUACAAGCUGCCUAGCCUGACAAAGAUCAGCUUGGAUAGGUGGUGCUGCAGCGAAGAUGAGCUGGUGGCGCGCACCGACUUCAAGUUCCCGCUGCUCAAGGUGCUGUCCUUUGUUCCAGAUGAAGGUACGCCACAAGUUGUCCGGUUUGAGGAAGGAGCCAUGCCAAAGCUGGAGACCCUGGUCAUGUAUUUCCAUGACAAGAAAAGGUCCCUUGAAGGUGUUGAGCACUUGACCAGCCUUAAGGAUGUCCGGGUCCGUGGUUCCAGGGAUAACCAUGAAAUGGGAACGGCAGUGAUCCAGCUGAAGGAGGAGAACGCAAGACGCCACAGCUCAAAUCAGUUCAAAGUUAUAGUGGAGUACGAGUGAUCUGCUUGUUCGGAUUGUGAUGCUGCUUAUUUGGUGUGUUUCUUUGCUAUUCCCUUUUCCCCGAUUUGCUUUCCAGUUUGUCUGUUUGGUCAAAGCACGAUCGACUCUGCUUUGAUUGAUUCCACGAGUAAUGAAGAGAAACCCAGAAAAUGCUGUGCAGUUUUGGCAGCACAAAAUUGCCCUGCGUUUUUCCUGCUCUGUUUCGUCCUCUGUUCUUGAGCUCCAGGUGUUCGUCCACGUUGUUCGUGAGUGCUGAUAAACUUUUACCAGUAGAGAUAACAUGGUCAAUGUGAUGUCGGAUUUACAUGUCUUCGAACUUAAUGAUGUACUCUAUCUAAAGAAUUGGUUUGGGCUUUAUUGGUUUUGUUUUAAUGUGAUCUUUUAUGUAACAACACAGUUCAGUUGACGCCUGGAGCCUGUUUGUGUACUGGACAUGCAUUUCAUGUGUAUCUGAUGUUUCUUUCGCUAU